AUGGUGGGAUGUACGAUGUACAGUGCCCUCGACUUAGUCGAUGGAUAUUACCAACUGCUCAUGCAAGCUAGUGAUAUCCCGCUGACAGCGGUCAGCACUCCGAGAGGUAUGCUCUGGGAGUGGAUAGUGAUGCUCCAAGGGCUAUCUAACGCAUCUGCAACGUUUAAUCGUCUAGUGACGCAGUUGUUUCGGCUCCAUAGGGCGUAUGCACAGAUAUACUUUGACGAUAUAUUCGUCCACAGCCGAGCCAAAAAUGUCAAGACUGAUGUGGAGAAUCACAUUGAACAGCUGCGAGCUUUGCUUGGCUGA